GGUCAGUCAGUCAAUCGUAUGCGACUUGUCGAAUGCCACCAUAUUGAUUGGGCUUUUGGAAUGUGUGAGUUGUUUUGUCCAAGGGUACCGCCGCAUGCGGCGGGGUCGCUUUGUGCAGACGGACAUUGGGGGUUGGCAUGGACAAUAAAACAAGGCGCGGACCACCCGUGAUUGCAUUGGCGACAGGGGAGAACAGGGAGAAAAAAACACCCAAUACGAGGGAUCAAUUACUUUAGUCUUGACUACUCGCUCGUUGUAUGGCAGUAGUGAAACCAGAUCUUAUAAUUCAAUCUUUCCCUGUCGGGGUGAUUUACCGCUUGGAUGGAGCUGGUUGGUGUCUCUGUCCAGCAAACAGAUCAGGAAUGCAAUCCCUU